AAGAUGCAUAUUCUUCUAGUGCGCGCCCAAAAAACUCCUCACUUCACUCCAAAGCAACAUAUAUGCAUAUACAAAUAAGCUGGUGGGCGUGUGUGUGUGUAUAUACAUAGGCAUGUAUAUAUAAUCGUCUCCCAGCUAGCUAUAAUUUCAAACCAACUAAUUAAUCAAGAACGCUGUAAUCCCAGCCUAGGUUAAUAAUAUCCAUGGCGGUGACAUUGUCCAUGUCAGUUCACAAGCUUUCCCUUCUGGGGCUUUUCGUUUUCCUGUUUGGGUGCAGGUGGAGGGGUAGUCUCAGCCAUGAUUACUCGAUCGUGGGGUACUCGCCGGAGGAUUUGGGCUCGACGGGGAGGCUGAUGGAGCUGUUCGAGGCGUGGAUGUCCAAACACGGCAGAGUGUACGAGUGCAUGGAGGAGAAGCUGCGGAGGUUCGAGGUGUUCAAGGACAACUUGGUGCACAUAGACGAGAGGAACAAGAGGGUGAGCAACUACUGGCUGGGGCUCAAUGGGUUUGCGGAUUUGAGCCACGAAGAGUUCAAGAGGGAUUAUUUAGGGUUGAACCCGGUGGGAGGGUUUGAGGAGAGUGGGAGGAGAAGAGAGUCGCCUCAUGGGGAAUUCACUUAUGGGGAUUUUGUGGAUUUGCCAAAGUCUGUGGAUUGGAGGAAGAAGGGAGCUGUGACUGGUGUCAAGAACCAAGGUGGAUGUGGGAGUUGCUGGGCAUUUUCAACGGUGGCAGCCGUGGAAGGCAUAAACAAGAUCGUAACGGGAAACCUAACUUCUUUAUCGGAGCAAGAACUAGUAGAUUGUGAUAGAGCAUACAACAAUGGGUGCAAUGGGGGUCUCAUGGACUACGCUUUCUCCUUCAUUAUUAACAAUGGCGGCCUUCGUAAGGAAAAAGACUAUCCUUAUGUCAUGGAGGAAGGAAAUUGUGUCACCAAGAAGAAGGAACCAGUGGUAACAAUAAGUGGAUACCAUGAUGUGCCACAGAACAGCGAGGAGAGUCUACUGAAAGCAAUAGCGAACCAGCCUAUUAGUGUAGCCAUUGAUGCUUCUGAACGAGACUUCCAAUUUUACAGUUCGGGGGUUUUCGAUGGGUCGUGUGGAACGCAGCUUGAUCAUGGGGUGGCAGCCGUCGGAUACGGGACAUCAUCGGACGGCGUGGAUUACAUCAUAGUGAAGAACUCGUGGGGAGCAAAAUGGGGAGAGAAAGGGUACAUCAGGAUGAGGAGAAACACUGGGAAGGCAGAAGGCCUUUGUGGGAUCAACAAAAUGGCUUCUUAUCCCACCAAAAAGAAGUGAUCAUCCUUCCAUCUUCAUUCUUUACUUCCUACCUAUUUCUUCUUCCUCAUCAUCUCCUAAUAACUGAUCUUUAAUCAUUAUAUGUACUCUCUGUCUCUCCUUCUCCGUGUAUGUAGAAAAAGAAACUAUACGUAGUAAUUGUAAACAAUUAACGUUUACGCAUUACGAUGACUUACAGAUUCGAUUCCUUACUUGUAAGAUGAAUUAUUAUGAGUAUGUUAAUAAGCAGAUGAUACUAAUUUCAUCA